AUGGCUUUUAAUGCAGAUCUAAAAUUAGGACUUUUUGUUAUAAUUAUAUCAGCAUUUACUAUCUAUGUGAAUGGUUUAAAGAUUUUGAACGAGAAACCUGAUUUCUUAAAACCCUGCAGUCUAAAGGAUCCACAAAUUGAAGUAUGUUUCAAUAAAAACUUUAAAAAUAUUUUCGGAGAAUGGAAAGCGGGUAAUCCUAUUUUUAAACCCAUCGGCUCUUUAGACCCUCUGCAUAUAAAAAGAAUUUCAAUGCAGCAUGCUAAGAGUCCAUUGGAGAUCAAUUUCGAUCUUCUUGAAAUUGAAAUGAAAGGUCUUGGUGGAUUUCUCGUGAAAGAAUCUAAACAUGAUUUCGAAGCGUUGAAUGGUAUUAUGACAUUUGAGGUACCAAAGAUUUUAGUUGAAUCGAACUAUAAAAUGAAGGGGAAAAUUUUAAGCUUGGAUUUGAAUGCCACUGGAAAGACGACUAUAAGUAUUGACAAAUUCGUGAGCAAAAUGUUUGUCCAUUUUAAGCUACGUGAUAGCGAUGGCUUUACUUUUGCCGAUGUCGAAAAACUGAAAGUUGAAGUUUUGGAUAUUGGUGGAUUUCACAUACAUAUGGGGAAUCUUUUCAACGGACAAAAGGAUUUGGAGGAUGGUGCGAACUCAUUAUUCAAUGAUAAUUGGCGUGACUUUUUUGAAAUAAUGCGUCCAGCUAUAUCAUCGUCCAUUGAAGCUGUUAUGAAUGAUCGCUUGAAAAAACUAUUUGCCAUUAUCCCCGUUCACUAUGUUAUUGAGGAUUUUCCUUCUGCGGCCACCUACUAUGGUUAAUUAACUGUUAUU